GCAUGAAAUGAGAGGAAUUUUGCUUGAACUUCUCAUUUUUUCUGAGAAAGAAUCAUAAAUGACUUAACUUAAAUACUUAAUUCUUAAUCUUAAGAUAGAAAGGAAAUUUUGAGAAAGACAACUAGGGCGAAACUUCAUCUGGAGGAAGGUUAAGGGAGUUUUCUGAACUUUGGAUCACAACUGUCCACGAAUAACGAUGUUCAGGUAUCAAUUCAGUUUCAUCAAUAAACGGUUAUUGCUUUUCUGGUACCCCACCCCUCACCCUCUUACAAGCAUGAUUUAUAUUUUCUUGAACAUUCUGUCUUAGUUUACGAUUACAACCUUCCCAAUCUGCUCGUCAAAUCUUGCAGUGCUCAAUCACUUCAAUCUCUUGUAAGAAAAUUUAAUUGUAGAAACGAGAAUUUUUUGCCAUUCAGGGAUGCUUUGUCGAAAAAUUUUCAGAUUUAUCGGCAAAUAUAGGACGGCUCACCUAUAUUGUCAGCAAAUUGGAGCGCGGCAGCCAAAUAGACGCCAUUAAAAUGACUAAAGCUCUGAUUUUGAAAUAGAUCCAUAGCAACUUAUAAUUAAGUAAUAAAAUAUUCUUGAAUCAAAACCCGGCUCAAACGAUCGGAUUUUCGUUUGCAUUUAUUAAAAUCCGCGUUUGCUUUCAAGCGCGUUUUCAAAUGUAUUGUAGUUAAUCAAAAAAGAAAUGAGUUUUAGCAAAUAGAUCAGCAUUAACUAUAGAAAUAGCUUUGAUUAAAAUUCACAUUUUAAAAAAUAAAGCUUUAAAAAUAGAACAUAGUAAAUUAUGCCACAAAAGAAGAACAGUUUGAUCAUGGUUGUGUUUUGUUUAUUCACAUCGCACAGUAAGUGCAUUUAGUUCAACUGCAAGGAAAUCUAGACCGCUGCUUUCUUUGCGCGGAAAUUCACUUGUUCUUUAGCAUGCUAGUCUUAUUUGUAAUCUAUUUGGAAAAAUUAACUUGCUAUGAUUUUUCCUAAAUCCAAUAUUUAUUCCAGAAAAUACGUUUUUGUAAAGAUUUCGUUCGGCGGAAUUCAAACUCACUUGGCAUUAAGAGAAAGAUUCACAUUAGCAAUGUAAAAGAUUAAGAAAAAUAACUUCUAUUAUUUGUGUGGCACCCAACUUUUCCCGUCUUAGCUUCAAACACCGCUUUUUGCGAAAUGCAGCGAAAUGUUUGUGUACAUAGCUUGAAAAUCCUUGAGAGGGGAGAAAAAAUCGCAUUCAAAUUGGACCAAGUUUAAACAAUGUUUACAAAAGAAUACAGAAUCUAGCAUUUAUCAACCCGUCUGUGAUACUAAGAUGAUAGAGAAUAACAGCCCCACUGACAUUACAACACUUGAGAAAAUGACUGUAAGACUAGUAUGUUUAGGGUAUAGAAUUAUGGACCAUAUGGCCCGUGGAUCUCUUUGAAAAAAGCAAAGCGCCAUGGCAAAAAUAUCCCAAAACCAAUAGCAAGAACAAAUAAUUUUCCACUUUGGUAUUAACUAUAAUGAUUAAGCCACGCACCCCCAAAUUCCCCUUACACCCCUGUUUAAAGUUUGGCAUGAUCUUGGAAUGGUCGAUUGCCAUAUUCGAUUGUACAAUGCAUUCGAUUGAUCAUUUUUCGAAGACAAUCGACAUUGCAACAACUCGUUAUUAUUCGUUUGUUUUUUACUGCAGCUAAAAGGUACUGCAAAAAAAUUUAAUAUGAAAAGUUCAAAAAAGAAGGUCAAAAAUUUGCCACCGGGCCAAACGAGAAGCAGAUCUUCAGUUUCGAGGCUUCAUAAAGAUGGCUCCUUGCAUGCUGUCCAUUCCACACACUCGAUGUCUCAAGUGCGUCUCCAGUUGUUUAGAGAAGCAUUUCAUAUGAUUGACCAGGACAGAGAUGGCAUUAUAAGCAAAGACGAUUUAAAAGGUGUUUAUGAGUCACUUGGGGCCCAUAUGGCCGAGAACAAACUCGAAGAAAUGCUAAACGAAGUGUCAGGUCCAAUGAAUCACUCAAAGUUUACAAUCAUGAUGGCGUCUAGAGCUGGAGAUAUGGACGAUACUCAGGUGCUACUGCAGGCCUUUAGUAUUCUUGAUGUCGACGGGACGGGUCUUAUUCCUGUGAAAAAGUUCUGCAAAUUACUUCGUACAGUCGGAUACGAGAGAAUGACGCAUGAAGAAAUAAACGCCAUGUUGAAGGUUGCUCCGGUUGAUGGUCUUGGUCAGCUCAACUAUCGUACAUUUGUGCAAAUGAUUCGUGGAGAAAUUUAGAAAUAAAAACAACAAGUUUCGAGGUUCAGAACAAAUCACAUCCAGAGAAUUUGGAAACGUUUUACCCAGAUUAAGAGUGAAACAAUUAGUUUUUCUCUAUUAGCCUUUUUUUGUUAUCAGAACAAGACAAGCACAAACAAACAAGUGACAAUUGCUCGAAAGUAUUUUGUCACCUUUCUAAA